AUGGACCACAAAUUAUCUUGGCGCUGGCAUGAAUUGAAGGAGAACAUGUUGCAGAAUCGCGAUGUGCAAGAGAGACAGAAACUGCUGCUCAGCAAAGAAACUUUAGCUAUGUUUGAACAGCCCAGGCGGGAACACCGGGUUCACAAUUUUGAUGAAAGAGUAGAAGAGUUAAUUAAGGAUGCAGCAAGUGUCUUGAAGUUAGAGCAGUUAAAUGAGCAUCCCUCUAACCUUGAUUUUAGAAAGUAUGUAACAAAGACGCACGUAUUCCAGUGGGAAGAGGUGAAACCUAGUGUUUUCCAUAAUUUAGAUGGCGCAGUGGUUGAGGAAACAGUGAAGCUAUUGAAGAAACAACUGUCUGAAACAAUACGCAUGGAAUGUGAUAUUCAGCGAGCUGACAUGUCACCAGCAGAACAAAAGAGUCAUCGGUUGAGAUCUGUGAUUCGAUGCAUUGCAGACAAUUUAAUUAUUGAACUUGGUCAGCACUUAAACCAUCUACGAACCUGUCAUUAUGAUGAGGAUUUGGCAGUCAGAGCACUCUGGAGUCGGUACGGGAUGCAGCGGAAGAAGAGGUUGUAUACAUAUGAUCCAGAUGAUGAGGAAUAUGAAACAGUGGAUGAUCAGCCAGUUUCAGUUGACUGUAAAUUUGAGGCCAUGGUGCGGAGUCAUUUACCUCUACCUGAGUUUGUUACCAGAUCAGAAGAGGCAUUAUUGAAUGUAAAGUUUCCAGAGUUACUCUAUAAAUUGUCAGCCUAUGGAGAGAAGGAACCUUGUUAUGAAUUACCCACAUCAAUACUUGCAGGUCAUAGGUUGGGUGAUCCAUGUGAGUAUGGCCUGGUUGGUAUCUUGUCAACCUUGAGCACACAUGAGAUAGAAGAAAAGUAUGGAGCUAAGGUAGCUCGGGACUGUCGACUGGCCAAGGGUAUUACUCAGACAUUUGCUUGGCUCGUGGCUCAGGCUUGUAAUCAAGGUUUCAAUCAUGUGAUUGAGCUGCCUUACCCUCUGACCAGUCAGACCAUCCUGACCGAUGGUGAGAAGUUCUCCUUCCUGGCAUACCAGCUGAACACCCUGGAACUGUGGAAGGACAACACCGCCAACAGCAGGCUCAAUCUCUGCUGGUACUCACAAGAGAUGCCCUUGUUUCACAGCAUUGAGGAUGGAAAAGUCAGGGAAUUGAAUGACGAUGUGCUAGCCCUUCUUGUAAAGAUGUUUAUGGUGACCCCUGAACUUCGACCUUAUGACAUGAAACCCACCGUGGAUACUGACAGUGAGCCCCUCCAUCUCAAGCAGGAUUUUGUUCCGGAGAAGGUCGUGGUCGAAGAAGUUAUUGAAGAAGAGAAAUAUAUCAUUGAAUAA